AUGAUAUCAGCGACGACUCCGAACGUAACUCCUGGCAGACUCGCGGCGGGAAAGCAACUUGACGGCGGCAGAGUAUACCACCGGGGAGGGGAGCGCUACCUGCGUGGGGACCCUUCGGACCAUUCCGGUGGCGCUGACAAGGUCGCUUGUUGCGAUGGUGCCUGUGAGUGUCUUCACGCCACACACACUCGCCCCCACAUUUUCGACAGGCGUAACGUCUUCGAACGCCUGACUGACGUGCGCUUUUACACAGGCACCAGCCGGUACCGAUUCGAUGAACUGGGGAACGGCCGCGGCAAAGCAGGCCGCGAGGACCUCAACGUCAAGACGGGAUGGGCGCCGUGUCCGCAGCGCCCGACGGAAGUGUACUCUUCGGCACUGCGCGUCAUGCGCCAGCCUGUGGUGGAACCUGGCACACUGGGCGUUCAGAAAUUCGGCACACAGGCUAUUCCACCUAAACUUAUUUGGGUAUACAGAAAUGGGGACGCCUGCCACAUGGGCACGUCCUUUUUCGUCAAAGCCUGCUACCGAAACCUCAACCAACUCUUCAGGGGACUCACCGGACCAAUCCAACCCAUUGCUGGACCCGUUCGCAGAUUAUAUGACCAAAACCUCCAAUUAGUCACCCACAUGGCCGAACUGCUCGACGGAGGCAAGUACCUCGCCACUUCAGGAGAACCGCCCGCCCCCCUGGAACGCCUCAGAAUCUUCCUGAGCCCAUAUAUCGAAACCGAACCGGCAGCUUAA